AUGGAAGAUCCCAAUCAAGCUAUUUGGCCAGAUUUCUCCACCAAAGAGUACAACAAGGCACGUUGGCAGUUAGUCAGCAAUACUGUAGACAAUGAACAGGCAGCUCGAAUCUUGGAAUCCAUUUGGGAGAUUAACAACAACAGAGAGAAGGUGCAAUGGGCUGCACACAAGGCAGAAGAAGCCUGGCAAGCUCAAGAAAUAGAAGAGCAAGCUGCAGAAGAACACACAGAGCAGUUACAGUGUGCCCACAAGGAAGAAGAAGCUGCCUGUCUUGAAGAGUGCAAGAAGUACAAAGCCAAGUUCACCCCAAUUCGCAAUGUCAAAGCCCCAACUGGGCCACACCUCUGGGUCCCAGCCUCAUCAAUGAGGGACAAGGCAUCGAUCAUCAAGGACAGAGACCUCACCUGGGAGCAAUUUGGGGAAGCAGCAAUUCACAUGGCCAAAGCCAUGAAAGACCAUGACUGGCCAGAAGAAAGUGUCAAAAUGGAUGUAGAUUUCUGGCUGGUGCUUGAGAGCCACCCAUGGUGCUGCUCCCCUGCUACUCUACUAAAGCCAACAACACCAAUGACACCAAUGCUGGCACUGAUCUAA